AUGGAAGUUUCAAAUGAGAAAACUGAAGAUGAUGCAAGAAAAAGGUAUGGUGUUGAUUAUUCAGUCUGGAAAAGAGCUGACAAUAAAGCUCAAAAAUAUAUUGUAACAUCUGUAGACGAACAGCCAUUAUUAUAUAUUAUGAACUGUGAAACAGCAAAGGAAAUGUGGGACAAAUUGCUCAGCAUAUAUGAACAGAAGUCUGCAACAAGCAUUUCUUUGUUACAAGAAAAAUUCUAUAGUUAUGUUAUGGACCCCGUAGACAGUAUGGCUGGUCACAUAUCAAAACUAGAAAAUUUAAGUAAGCAAUUGGCACAAUCAGGAGAACCAAUAUCUGAUUCAAUGCUGAUGACAAAGAUUCUAAUGACGUUACCAGACACUUAUAAACAUUUUUAUAGUGCUUGGGAUUCAAUGUCAAGUGAGAAUAAAACUUUAACAAACUUGACAUCUAGACUCAUGGUGGAAGAAUCAAGGCAAACUCAAGGACAUGAUGUUCAGAGAGAUAUUGCAGGUAGUGCAUUUUCAGCAAAGAAAUCAUAUGGAACAAAUAAAGAAAAACAUACAAAAAUUGGUAUUUCUGAAAACCAACGGAACAAUGAUAAAAAACCAGGCAAGUAUAAUCAUUGUAAAAAAACAGGGCAUUGGAAAUGUGAAUGCCGGAUUUUCUUAAAAGAACAAAAAGUAAAAAAUAAGAGCGAAUCAAACUCAGGAAAUGCGUUGGUUGGAGUACAAUCAAAGGACAUUGAAAUCAGUGAGUCAGAAAAAUGGUAUGUGAAUUCAGGUGCAAGUGAUCACAUGACCAGUCGAAAAGAAUGGUUCACCAACUAUGAAUUAUUUGAAACUCAAUUACCAGUACGUAUUGGUGAUGGUAAAUAUAUUAUGGCUAUUGGUAAAGGUAAUAUAAAUGUUCAAGCAAAAAUCGGUGAUAAAUGGGUUGUCAGUCAUUUGUCGAAUGUUUUACACGUACCUGAACUUAAGGUAAAUUUGUUUUCGUAUGGAGCAUGCCUUGAAAAAGGUAUAAAAAUGGUGACAGACAGUGACGGCUGUAUAUUUAAAAAAAACAAUCGUAUAGUUGCUAUAGGAGUUCGUGAGAAUAAAAUGUUUUCAAUGGUUCUGAGAAAUGAGAAUAGGACCAUUACAACAGGCUGAUCAAGCAAAUAUUGCAGUUAAAAAUCUCACAUUACUACAGUGGCAUGAAAUUCUAAGUCAUCAGAAUGUUCAACAUGUUCGAAACUACUUGAAACAUAUGUGAAUUCAAUUUACAGAAA